AUGGGACGAGGGAAAGCUGGAAGGCGGGCAGGAAAGAAUUCAGCUCGGCUUCGUUCCCAGGCAAGUGAGACUGGGCUGCAACCCAACGACGAGACUCUCGAGGAUGAGAUCCUGAGCAUCAAGAGCGUCAAGCCUGAGGCUGGCGUCAACACUAUAUGGCUGGAACUGAAGAGAGAACGGGGAUGGGACGUGUCGCAUCAUCGAGUGCAUGAGAGGAUGAAGGAGAUGAAGAUCAUUCAAACAACUCCUCGUGCUCCUCUUCCCUGCAAACCUGUCAAGGCGGCGCUGGCCUUGUUCAUGAGCAAACAUAGGAGACUUGGCGAGGUUUCCCUGCUCACAGAUGUCGAGCCAUGUAUCUUAGAGCAGAUCCUGGAAAUCUACACGAAAGACUACAUGUCCAUCUUCAAAGAGUCAAGUUGUACUCCUAACGACGAUGAUAUCAAGUGCUCUUUUCAUUCCACCUUUCAUUUUUGCUCGUGA